AUGCGGAGGGUUACGUCCUGCAAGGUUAUGUCCUGCAAGGUUAUGUCUUGUAAGGUUAUGUCCUCUAAGGUUAUGCCCUGUAAGGUUGUGUCCUGUAAGGUUACGUCCUGCAAGGUUAUGUCCUGCAAGAUUAUGUCCUGUAAGGUUAUGUCCUCUAAGGUUAUGCCCUGUAAGGUUGUGUCCUGUAAGGUUACGUCCUGCAAGGUUAUGUCCUGCAAGGUUAUGUCCUGUAAGGUUAUGUCCUCUAAGGUUAUGCACUGUAAGGUUGUGUCCUGUAAGGUUGUGUCCUGUAAGGUUGUGUCCUGUAAGGUUGUGUCCUGUAAGGUUACGUCCUGCAAGGUUAUGUCCUGUAAGGUUAUGUCCUGUAAGGUUAUGUCCUCUAAGUUUAUGCCCUGUAAGAUUGUGUCCUGUAAGGUUGUGUCCUGUAAGGUUAUGUCCUGUAAGGUUAUUUCCUGUAAGGCUAUGUCCCGUAAGGUUAUUUCCUGUAAGAUUAUGUCCUGUAAGGUUAUGUCCUGUAAGGUUAUGUCCUGUAAGGUUUCGUCCUGUAAAUUUAUGUCCUGUAAGGUGACGUCAUGCAAGGUUAUGUCCUGUAAGGUUAUAACCUGUCAGGUAACGCCCUGUCAGGUUAUGUCCUGUCGAGUUAUGUCCUGUCGAGUUAUGUCCUGUAAGGUUAUGUCCUGUAAGGUUAUGUCCUGUAAGUUUAUAUCCUAUAAGGUUAUGUCCUGUGGAGUUAUGUCCUUUAAGGUUAUGUCCUGA